AUGUACACUACACAGCUAGUGUGUGGAACAUGGCACGACCUCACCAUUUCUCGUAUGGAUGAUGAUUGCUCAACAAACUUUGAAUCUAUAUUGGUUGACGGGUCACAGUUUUUUUUGUGCUUAUUUUCAUUAGCCAAACUCUAG